AUGUCCCAAAACGAAUCCCAAACCCAUCACCACAACAACAAUGUCGAAACCAAAACCACCCUCCAAACACCACCACUUUCCUCAAAAACCCACCCAAUUUUGACCCUUCAAUUAAAAGAAUCACAAGACUCAAUUUUUUCCACAAAUUCAAACACCCUUUUCACCAAAACAAUGACUUCAACAAACUCCACUUCCACAGAACCACUACCUUCCUCCGAUGACAUCGCCGCUAAAGCCGUUAACAAACGCUACGAAGGUCUCGUCACUGUUCGAACCAAAGCUAUCAAAGGUAAAGGUGCAUGGUAUUGGACUCAUCUCGAACCGAUUCUGGUUCGAAAUCCUGAUUCGGGUCUUCCUAAAUCGGUUAAACUCAAGUGUUCUUUGUGUGAAGCUGUUUUCUCUGCUUCAAACCCUUCGAGAACAGCUUCUGAACAUUUAAAGCGUGGAACUUGUUCCAAUUUCAACAACUCCGGGUUGAAACAACACCAACAACAACAACCCGGUUCAGUUCCUUCACCGGUUCCUAUUUCGUCGGUUUCCGGUUCGAACCGGAAAAGGGGUUCACCACAUCAAAUGGGUGUUCCUGUUUCUGUUUCAACCUCACCAACAUCAUUAACUUAUCAAAAUCAUAACUUGGCAUUGGUUGAAAUCGGGUACCCUCAGGUGCAUGGUAGUAUGGUGCACCAUCAGAAUCAGAAUCAGAGUUUGAAUCAGAAUCAUUUGAUGUUGUCCGGCGGAAAAGAAGAUUUAUGUGCUUUGGCUAUGUUUGAAGACAGUGUGAAGAAGUUGAAGAGUCCUAAAACUUCACCUGGUGCUUCAUUGAGUAAAGAACAGGUUAAUUCUGCUUUGGAUUUACUUGCUGAUUGGUUUUAUGAAUGUUGUGGCUCUGUUUCAUUGUCAACACUUGAGCAUAGAAAGUUUCAAGCUUUUCUUUCUCAGGUUGGUUUGCCUGUAGGAAGUUGUUUGAGGCGCGAGGUUUCCGGUCCAAGGCUCGAUGCGAGGUUUAGCGAGGUUAAGAGUGAGUCCGAGGCGAAAAUUAGGGAUGCAAUGUUUUUUCAAGUAGCUAGUGAUGGUUGGAAGAGUUAUAAUAAUAGUAGUAGUACUAGUAGUAGUAAUAGGAAUUUGUAUGGUUUGUGUUGUGGUGGUGAGAGUUUGGUUAAGUUUAUGGUGAAUCUACCGAAUGGGAAUAGUGUUUUUCAAAAGGCGGUGUUUACGGGUGGUGGUGGAGUUGUGAAUUCGAAGUAUGCCGAAGAGGUUUUGUGGGAGACGGUGACCGGGGUUAGCGGUAGUGUUGUUCAGAGAUGUGUAGGGAUUGUUGCUGAUAAGUUUAAGGGUAAGGCAUUAAAGAAUUUGGAGAUUCAAAACCAUUGGAUGGUGAAUACUUCUUGUCAGCUUCAAGGGUUUGUUAGCUUAAUCAAGGAUUUCAGCAACGAGCUCGAACUUUUCAGUGUUGUUACGAAGAAUUGUCUCAAAGUUGCGAACUUUAUAGACACGGAGUCUCAGGUGAGGAAUGUUUUUGUUAAUUAUAGAAUGCAGGAGAUGGAGUAUGGCGGGUUGAUACGCGUCCCUUCGCCGAAAUGCGAUCCGUUGAAGAAUUUUUCGUUGGUGUUUCCAAUGCUUGAGGAUAUUUUGAGCUGUGCUAGAGUGAUCCAAAUGGUUGUGAUGGAGGACGGUUUUAAGGCGAUGUUUAUGGAGGAUCCGGUAGCAAGAGAAGUGGUUGGUUUGGUUCAGAGUGAGUUGUUUUGGAACGAGCUCGAAGCGGUUUAUUCCCUCGUGAAGAUUAUUAAAGGAAUGGUUCACGAUAUAGAGGCUGAGAGGCCGUUGAUUGGUCGGUGUUUGCCUCUGUGGGAGGAGUUAAGAACCAAAGUGAAGGAAUGGUGUGGAAAGUACAAUGUCGUUGAAGGACUAGUAGAGAAAAUACUCGAAAAACGGUUUCGGAAAAACUACCACCCUGCAUGGUCAGCAGCGUUUAUACUCGAUCCGCUUUACUUGAUCAAAGAUACAAGCGGAAAGUAUCUUCCACCGUUCAAGUUUUUGACGCGCGAACAAGAGAAAGACGUGGAUAAGUUACUCACGAGACUAGCUUCAAGAGAAGAAGCUCAUAUCGUAUUGAUGGAACUAAUGAAAUGGAGAUCAGAAGGACUCGACCCUCUUUACGCACAAGCAGUUCAGAUGAAACAAAGAGACCCUGUCACCGGGAAGAUGAAAGUCGCAAAUCCGCUUAGCAGUCGACUUGUUUGGGAAACAUGUCUCUGCGAGUUUAAAUCUUUAGGGAAGAUCGCAGUGAGGCUCAUUUUUCUUCACGCAACAUCGUGCGGAUUCAAGAGUAACUGGUCUUUCAUGCGGAAAGUUUCUUCGGCAAACAAAAACUCGAGAGUCGCAUUGGAAAGAGCUCAGAAAAUGAUAUAUAUCGCAGCUCACGCAAAGCUUGAAAAGCGAGACUUUUCUAGCGAGGAAGAAAAAGACGCAGAAUUGUUCGCCAUUUCCGGAAGCGAUGAAGAUAGCAUGCUAGCUGAGGUAUACGCCGAUGCAAUGCAACCUUAG